AAUUUUACAGUGGCUAGUUUGCGGACCCCUUGUUUUAUGUAGCUAACAAAUACUAGUCAUGAUUGUAUGAGGGCUAUUGGUAGGAUAUCAGUUAGCAUGAAUAAACAUGAAGCUUUAGUACUCUUUUUAAUCUAUGCAUAUCAGACCUCUGGGGAUUGGCAGGAAGAUAGCAAAUAUGUGUAAGACUAGCACGCUAACAAGCUAGCAGUGGUAACGGUACUUUGGUUUUACUGAUGUUAAAUAGUCCGCAGCUGGCAGAGUUGGCUAGUCUGAAUGUUACAGCUAACAAGCUAACGAUAAUCAGUGCUUGUGGAGACAGACUUUAAGAGGAAUAAAUGAAGAGGCAUGGAAAAUAACAGGGAUAUCACUUCGAGCACGGGGUCUCCGGAUUAUUUACAACUGGACACAUACAGUAUAGAACUAGCUUGUUUUCAACGUAGAAUGACGACAUUUGCACCGUUCAGCUGCCUUAAACACGAGCGUCGGUGAUGCUGUCGAUCCCUGGACAAAAGCCCCGGUUGUCCGAAUUGGGACAGAGCACCAAAACUACAAUAUAAACCAUGAAAAACUGUGAGUAUCAACAAAUCGACCCGCAGGCACUUCCGACUCCAACACCGACCCCUCCACCUCAUCAUGGGAACGACAGGAAAGAGGAGCCGAGGAGACCGAGGAGAAAGUGGGAAGUUUUUCCCGGAAAGAAUCGCUUCUACUGCGAUGGAAGGAUCAUAGUGGCCCGACAGAGUGGGGUUUUGCCCCUCACUCUGGGCCUUAUUCUCAUCACAAGUGGAUUAUUCUUUAUAUUUGACUGUCCCUUCCUGGUGAAACACCUGACCAGCUGCAUACCUGUUAUUGGAGGAGGCCUCUUUGUGUUUGUGGUCAUCACCCUGCUCCAGACCAGCUUCACUGACCCCGGCAUCCUGCCCAGAGCAACCCCAGAUGAGGCUGCAGACAUUGAAAAACAGAUUGACGGCACCGGGAACACCAGCUAUCGACCUCCGCCGCGCACUAAGGAAGUCCUCAUCAACCAGCAGGUGGUGAAGCUCAAGUACUGCUUCACCUGCAAGAUGUUCCGGCCCCCGCGCACCUCCCACUGCAGCCUGUGCGACAACUGUGUGGAGCGAUUCGACCAUCACUGUCCUUGGGUGGGCAACUGUGUGGGAAAACGCAACUACCGCUUCUUCUACACCUUCAUCGUGUCGCUGUCCUUCCUGACGGCCUUCAUCUUCGGCUGUGUGACCACACACCUGGCACUGAGGGCUCAGGGUGGAAAAGGCCUGGUGUUUGCUCUUCAAGAGAGUCCAGGAAGUGCAGUGGAGCUUGUAAUAUGUUUCUUCUCAGUCUGGUCCAUCUUGGGCCUCUCAGGCUUCCAUACAUAUCUGGUUGCUUCAAACCUGACCACUAAUGAAGACAUUAAAGGCUCCUGGUCAGGGAAGAGUGGAGAAGAUGUCACCAAUCCAUACAGUCAUAAAAACAUCUUCAUCAACUGUUGCACUAUGCUCUGUGGACCCAUGCCACCCAGCUUGAUUGACAGACGAGGUUUCCUGCCUGCGGAUGAAUCGGUCCAGACCGCGAGCACGGACGUUGAGCUGCCCAUUGUGGCCACUAAAAGCGAGAUAAACGUGUGCACACAGGGAACUAAAGGUCUGCUGGAGUCGGCCACUCGCUCCCCGCUCCUGUCCACCUCAUGCCCUCAGGGGAAACCUCAGACAGCUCAUACCUGCCCAGACAGCAGCCUUGCAGUGAACUCUGACCCCUCACCGGAGCUCUCCACCAGUUGCGGGGCCCGCCAUACCCCUAGCUCCCAAGGUGUUCCCUCUCCACCACGUCAUGCCAAGAGUCGGUCAAAGAACAGCAAGCGAGCAGCUUUGCAUAUUCCCAGUCCUGCCUACGAUGUUCCUGUUUUACCUUCCUCUCCGGACGCUGCCUCCAGCCCCAAAGCUAGAGCUUACAAAGGAGCCAGCUUCUCCCCUUUGCACUGACUGACUUGAAUGAUGGCUUUCUCAAAAUGCACAUUGUUUGAAACUUGCAUGCAGUAACACAGUCAUGUACAAAUGGUAUGAAUUCUUCAUUGUUUCUUGGUUCUCUGGAAGUCCUGGGUAAUUGAACUUUGUGAUCAAUUUAAGUGGAAGUAGGAACACUAGAGCACACUGGGAGAGGAUUAUUCUGGCUGGAAAUGAUGCAAUGUAACCUGGUGCAGAAUGAAAAGCACAUAAAACGAUGAAAUUUGUAAGAUUGAGAAUCUGGUGUACCAAUAGCGUGGCUAUUUGAUGAUUCUCAUGUGAAAUAUGAAUUUUACCAGCAUGUCAGAUCAAAUAUUGUGAAAUGGUGGCUUUGAUGUAGAAGGUGGACAAACUGUGGGAGUUUGAAAAGCUUGGAGAGCUAAAGCUCAGAAUUUAUAUACAUCUAUAAGGAGAAAAGUGGCUUUGAAAGGGAAAAUCCACCCAAAUAUAGAAUUCGCAUAUGUAAUGUCUGUAACCCUGAGCAGCUUGAAGUGUGAACCUGAACCAGUUUCUCCUUAAACUGAGCUGCAGAGAGACAGUUUGUACUGAUGAUGUCAAUGUUGAGACAUAAUAGACCACCAUUAAAAAAGAGAUGCUUGUAAAAAUGAUGAUCUGUUAUUUUGAUCUAUAGAGGCUUUAUAUUUGUAAAACUUUCCUCAAGCCAAAAAAGAAUCUGUCAAUCCUAGACAGGACAGCAGGACAAACUCCACUGUCCAUAUUCGUCGGGACAUACCCAGGAAGUACCCGGAUACCCGGAAACCAGAAGCUAGAAAACCUUUUUGCUGUAUGAACUGAAUAGGCACCAUCUUUGAGUCCUGUGUCUAACUCUGUUAUAUAGCUUUGGCUAUCUCAGUCAAAGAUAUAUGGGCCCAUUGAUUAUUCAGUGUCAAUGGACCAAGCCCCAAAAAUGGUCAUUAUCACAGUUUUCUUUGUUUAAUGGUGCUGACUUUGCGGUCCAAACUUUUGAAAUUGCACUGGUGAAUUCUGUUUUUGUGUGGAUUUCCUUUGCUCGAACAGCAGUGAGUUAAGUGUGUGUCAGUUGUAUUGAUGUGUGCUGUUGUUCAGAUUUCAGUGCUGUAUAAAUGGCAGUGAAUGCAACUGCAUGACAGUAACUAACGAUGUAUUUUAUGGUACUUUUAUUUACAUCCAAACAUCACAUUAUACACCUGAGAGGUCAUCAGGAAUCCAGACCUAAUGUGGAUUCCUGAAUAUAUUUAUGUACCUGAGCUGAAGUGUUAUUGUUCAUUGCCUGCUCUGCACCACCUCCUGGUCAUGUUUUCAUUGACAUCACAUAAUGAGUUUAGGCUUUUCAGUCCUGCACACUUUGUAUCACCAACAGCAAUACCUGUUUCCUUCUCCUUAAAGUUUUGUGCGCUUGGACAAAUUUAAAAAAAAAAAAAAAAAACACAUCUGUGUGAGUGGUUGUGUUGGUUUGUUCUCAGGUGGAAAGCUGUAGGUAUUUAAUAUGCAAGUUCUAUGUGAUCACGUUUAUCCACUGUAUAACCUGAUGGCAAUAGCUUCAUAAAAAUGCAGUGAUCCGAACAAUCACCUCCGUGCACUAAAACGUAGGCAUGCACACACAUAUACACUGUUUGUCUAUAGUUCGCUGAGAGUAGUACAGCAUCACUUUGUAUACUCUGUGUCGAAAGUCAUCCCAACACUGUCUGGAUGUUUGCUGAGAGUGAAUGCAUUUCCAAGGAAGAGAAUAUUGGACUGUAUUUGUACAAACUGUAUGGUUAUUUAAGCGGACACUCCUGUCAAAAUAAAUGAAAAGGAAAAU